AUGGCGAGCCCAAGGAGACACACAGAUGACUGGGCUCUGCAACCUUUCUCCAAAAAGCCACCGAAGAGUCAACCACACACAUUCUCUCCCUACCGAAGUCAACCACACAUAUUCUCUCCCUAUCUAUGGACCCCUCUCCUCUUCUUGCUCAUGGGGCAAGGAGCCUCUGAAAAGGACUCAGCCUCAACAGUGGUCAAAGGCUUUGUAGGGGGUUCAGUGAUUCUCUCCCUGAACAUUUCAGUGGAUGCAGAAAUUGAGCACAUCACCUGGAGUGGUCCCAAAGAAGCUUUUGCUUUAGCACUCCCAAGUGGAAAGAUUUUUUGGUUAGACAAAAGCUACCAAGGGCGAAUAAACAUCCCAGAAAGCAACUAUUUGUCUAUUAACAAUCUGACUCUGAAAGAUGCUGGUUCAUACAAAGCCCGGAUAAACCAAAAGGGAUCUAAAGACAUCGAUGAGAGAUUCAUCUUAUAUAUCUAUGAACAGCUGCAGGAGCCCCAAGUCACCAUACAGUCUGUGAACGUGUCUGAGAACGCCUCCUGUACCAUCACCCUGGUAUGCUCUGUGGAGGGGGCAGGGGGAGAUAUUCAGUACAAAUGGACUUCAAGGGAUCCUCAUGCUUCUGAAUCCUGGGGGCACCCUACUCUCACCAUCUCCUGAUUGCCCUGUGAUGCAGACCUACCAUACACCUGCACAGCCAAGAACCCGGUUAGCCAGAGCAGCUCCCACCCUGUCCAUGUUUCACAGUUCUGUACAGACCUAGGAGCCUCCCAAGGAGGACCAAUGGGGGAGAUGGUGCUGGAGGUCCUGGGGGAGCCAAUCACCCUGUCCCUGGGACUCCUGGACAGUCAGCACAUAGACAAUGUUGUCUGGAUGUUUAACAUGUCUAUUAUCAGCAAAGAGUAGAGAGAAGAAGCAACAGCCAAUCAGCUCAUUGAGUUCAAGGAUCCGGAUCAGAACACAGUGUGGGUCUCGAGCCAAGACGACUCUCUAAAGAUUGUCCAGCUGAAGAUGGAGCACGCUGGCAUCUACCACGCCUAUGUGUGCUCAAAUGUCACAGUUGCCAGUGUGAAGCACAUCAAUCUGCGCAUUUACCAGAGGCUGAAGAAGCCAAAAGUCACGAGGAGCCUCAGGCUCACAAAGGAUGGCAUCUGCAAAGUCAGCCUGACAUGCUCGGUGGAGGACAGUGGACACAAUGUAACAUAUGGAUAGACCCCUCUGCCUAAAGGAGCUGUCAUUUCCCAAGGGGGAGCUCACCUCAGCAUCUCCUGGAGAAGUGGAGAAAAACACCCCAACUUCACCUGCACAGCCAGCAACCCUGUCAGCAACAGCUCCCAGCAGUUUCUUUCUAGGGACCUCUGUCCAGGACCUGAGAGAAGCACAGAGUUUUGGAUUGGGCUCUCCCUGGUGGUUCUUUUCAUCCUUCUGGGCUUUGGGAUCUCUGGCUGGUGCUUUUGGAAGCAACAAAGACGAUGUUCAGCCCCAGCUUUCAGUUUCAAUCAAGCUGAGACAUCAGUUGACACACCAGGGUAUGAGAAGCUGGACACUCUCCCUAAGACUGCCAGGCAUGCCUCCAACAGCAGCUCUGACAGCAAUGGGACGACUGAGGAGGAUGAGGAGAGGACAGGGAUGCACCAGCCCGUCAAUGGAAGAGACCGGAUGUGUGACUCGGUCACUAAGGAAGAAGCCGGACUUGACUUGGACUCUGAGGGCCAAGCAGAGUAUGAUCUCAUCACUCCAGAUGACAUGGCACCAGCACUUGUCAUUGAAGGGGAAAUGGUGUACACACACGUAUUCCUUAAUUUGCAGGGAAAGACUCCAGUUCCUCAGAAGAAAGAGGAUUCAGCCACACUCUACUGCUCUAUACAGAGAACAAUUUCCUCUGUUGUGCCACCACUGCAACAGAAUGACCUUAAGUCUCCUGAAAUACCUACCUAUGAAAAUGUCCCCUGAAAAGAAAAGUGGCUCAUUCCCUCAGUGAGGUUGGAGAGGCUGCUAGACCUAAUAAGACCUGGGCCCCUGCAGACAGAAGAACUUCAGAAUUUCCUUCAUUGUCUCAGAAUUGCCUGGAUUUGUGCCUCCUCUUUUUCUCACACCUCAUGAAUUCCCACAUCCAUUAACAAAUCAGACAGCCUCUGGGCUCCGUUUGUCUCCUUCUGUGCUCAUACUGUACAACCUCUCAGCUCAGAUGCAUGCCUCAAAAUUCUGCCAAGGCUUGACACGUCGUCGAAGGGGACCAGGAUCUUCACAUGGUCCUAUAAACAGCUGCUAAAAUAAAUCCAACAGGUAGUCUCACUUAUGAACACAAAGAUCUAAGUGAAAUCAUAACCACUGUAGUAUUUUUCAAAUAAAAGAUUAGAA